GAGUAUUCCGUAACGCAGCCUCCAAAAUCACCUACAGCGUCUUAUCCGCAUUUACCGUGGCGAGAAUUUGAAUACGAUGCAAUAUAUGCCGAGGUACUACCUCAACAUCGCCUAGCCUGCAUAUAUCUCGGAAGACGAACCAAACGUAGCGCCAGCUAGCUUCUGGCUGACGCUGGUCGCCGUACCGUAACCUAUCAUAAAAUAUGACCGCUCGAGAGCGAAUCAUUGGCUCGCUCAUCAUUGUCGGACACCACGGAACGGGUAAUUUGACACGCUUGAAGUCGCAUACUGAGCUAUACGGCCGCCAGCGCGUUCAAGGAGCCAACACAGCUCGUGCACAAUUAGGCAUGCUUUCCAGCAAGAGUUUCUCGGUUAGUUUCCUUCGUCUGCCUUCUGUUAUAACCCGAUCCGAACCCUAUCGCCACCCACUACUUGCGGAUCGGGGGGACCCAAUAUGCUCUGUUAUGAUUUGUUCGGGGAUGAGACAGUUCGCAUCGACGUUCCCGCCCAGGGUGUUGACUGACGAGGCUCAUCUAUCACAUGAUGAUAUGGGCCGCCGUACCAUGCUGGUAAACUGCUUCUCGGCAAAUGCCAUCCCACUAAAUAGGACUGCCAUUGCGACUGGACGGCCUUCCGGUGUAGGUUUCGGCAGGAAGACGGCUGCCCACCGCCAAGGCAGGGACAAGGAGCAGAUCCGAGGCGGAAUGGCUAUGACGUAUCGAAAGGCCAUUCCAAUGCUUCGAGGAGGGAGAAAACUAGGGGAGAUUCCAUCUGACCAUCGAACGACCUUGAUCAGCGACCGUAACCAGGGCAUCUCCGGGGGGGGGGGGGGUGUGAUAUCGACAUGACGAUGCGUUCGGGCGUUGAAGCUUGUGAAACAAUAGGUAUCAACGCGUAAGUCGCAUUGCCUGCCGGGCGCGAAGAGUUAAGGUGGGCCGUGAAGAACGCCACGAUCCCUGUGGGCGGGCCUCCAUGAUCCAGUCGUCA